CAAUGUAAAAUAUAUCUUUUACAGACAAGUGUCAUGUGUCAUUAAAUUUGGAAGGUUGACUAAUAAUUUUUAAGCGAUACUUAGAGAGAACUAUAAUUCCUAAAAUAGUUUCUAAAAUUGAUGUUGGUAGUGUUUGGUGCUGCUACAGAUAAUUCUACAUACACUAAGUCAAGAGUUUUUAACAUAAAAGAACCUGCUCCAUUUAUCUAAAAUAUUAUCAGCGUAACAGGGUUGCAUUGCACAGUGGGUCAUUUCAAAAGUGGUAGUAGCAUCUUUGAUAUUUUAAAUGCAAUUUUGAUAUUUUAAAUGCAUUUUUCUGAUACUAACAUAUUAUAACUCUUAUAGUUUUCGAGAUAAAAAAUAAAAUAUGUGUAAAAAUGACAAAAAUUUAUCAAUGCUUGAAUAAGCAUUGAUAAAAUCAUGAAUUGAACAUCUUUAACGUUGAAAUUUGGGUUGUAAGUUAAAAAAAAGUCGAUAUAUUCGAUCUGUCUAAAUCAAUAGAUUGGAUAGUAUACAGGUAGAGUAAAAAAAUAUUUAUAUCCGUUUGUUAUAAAGUUUCCCAAAUCUUAGUUAUUUUAAUUUCAACCCUAUAUACAUUUUUUUAAAUAAAAAUACUUUUUAUCGAUAUAUCAUGUUCCUAUACCUACCUUCCUUAGAGAUAGCUAUAGGUUAAUUUAAUAGAAAAAUUAUGAGAUAUGAAAGUAGUUUCGAAAAAUGUAAUAAUAUAUUAAGUGUUUCAUUUAAAAUAACAAAGAUCCUACCUCUUUUAAUAUGAAGCUGCAACACUGUAACGCUGAAAAUAAUUUACACAGAUGGAGCAGAUUCCUUUAUGCUAAAAUCCAAAUUUUUAAAAAAAUCCUAUCACCGGUUCUCCAUAAGCGUCUAACGUACCGUCGCCGUGAAUCACUCUGUAUAAUAGCCCUGUUUAUGUAUAACAUUAUAUCUCCACCAACAAAGAAUGAGCGCUAAUGCUUUACCUAUCUGACAGUCAACUUUUCUGGUUUUUGAUUCUACACUUUAUAAGUAUUAGACAUUUAGUUAAGUUAUCAAGAGAAUGUUAUUUCAUAUUGUGACAGAAAUUGUUGAUUUUCAUUUAAACAUUGGUAUUAGCAAAAAUAAAACACUAAAUCACCACAAUACACCAAAAAAUACUUUUACUUUUACACUGGACGCGCGUUUCACUAACCAUGUUAGCAUCAUCAGCAGAUGAUUAUCUAUUUUUUAUUUCUAGUUUUUUAGUCUUCUAGUGUUUUAUUCUUGCUGUGUAACACCAAAGGUUCCAACCCCCAACUGUAACAUUGGCAUUAAUAAAUUUUCUAUGAUUUAAGAAUUUUUCUUGUAAAUAUCUCAUAUAAUACCAUAGGAUCGAGAAAAAAACGUCGUUAGAGAUGGCUUGGAAAUUGAGAUUGCUGUAGAUGUAAAAUUGUAUGGGGAAUGUCAUCAAUCUUCAUUUUCUAGCGCGAACUGGGUGGUUUUUUUUAUAUCGUACGGUAUAAUACAAUCGAGAAAAAAAAACGGCGUUAGAGAUAGCUUGGAAAUGAAUAUUGCUGGCAAAUCAUAUGGGGAAUAUAACGAUGUUCAUUUCCAAGCUACCUGGACGCCGUUUAUUUUUUCGAUCAAACUGUAUAUUCACCAACAAAGAGAUCAUAUUUUUUUAAUUGUUAUUUUAGGAGUAUUAGCAGGAUUACCAGUUCGCUGUAAUAAGUGUGACAGAACUUACAAAAAUUACUUAACCAUGAAAGUCCACCAAAGGCAAGACUGUGGAAGGGAAAAAACCUACAGCUGUACCGUUUGCAACAAGCUCUUCAGGAGACAAUACCAGCUUAAAGUCCAUAGUGUCAGUCAUCAUAUUUGUGUAAACUGUCCCAACUGUCAUAAGAAGUACAAAAACACCAACACGCUAAGCGUUCACAUGUCCCAGGACUGUGGAAAGGAACGACAAUUUAGCUGUCCCUGUUGUCCGUUAUCUUUUAAACGGAAGUCGCAUUUAAAGGGGCAUAUGUUCAACAAGCAUCGUGACUUUUUGAAUAGGAUUGUUGACAGUCCACCAAACUCCAAAAAUGAGCAAAACUAGACAGAAAAUUUUGUGCUCACCGUGUACCUUGUAUAUUUCUCAAAUAUAAAGUAUGUCCCACGUGUCAGUGUGAAAUUUAUUUCGUUAUAUCUAUUCAAAUAAAAAUAAAAUAAAUAAAUUAAAAAAAUAAAAUUGAUAUUAGCGAAUAUUUAUUUUUUUUUUCAAAAAUUUUCGGACUUUUUAAGGUGAUAUUUUAAUGGGGCUCGAAUAUUAGGGUUGUAUUGUACCUUGUACCAUUCGGGUGCACCCAAAAAAAAAUAUUGAAUAUUUCAAAAAGUAGUUUCAUGUUCUUUAUAAUG